AUAAAAGAAAGUUGGGCAUCGCUACUUUGCGUACCGUAUUUUCGAUCACCGUUGAUAAGCUUGGAUCAACGCUAAUGAUGCUUUUUUACUUCCUGACAGUUGAAGCCGAAAUGGCUCGUACGCAAAAGAACAAAGCUACAUCAUACCACUUAGGAACUUUAAAAGCUAAAUUGGCAAAAUUACUUGGUUUUGAUGUUGCGAAAACUGGUGUUGCUCGUAUCGGUUUUGUUGGAUUUCCGUCAGUAGGAAAGUCGACGUUAAUGUCAAGGUUGACUGGCACUUUUUCGGCCGUUGCUGCGUAUGAAUUCACUACCUUGACUACUGUACCGGGCGUGCUUCAAUAUAAAGGUGCUAAAAUUCAAAUUCUUGACCUACCCGGUAUUGUUGAAGGUGCGAAGGAUGGUAGAGGUCGUGGUAGACAAGUCAUUGCGGUGGCCCGUACUUGUUCUCUCAUCUUUCUAGUACUUGAUGUUUUGAAACCUCUUACUCAUAAAAAAAUUAUUGAAACUGAAUUGGAGGGAUUUGGCAUCAGGUUAAAUAAGAAACCUCCAAAUAUUUAUUUUAAAAAAAAGGAUAAAGGAGGCAUCAACAUGACGAACACUGUUCCAUUAACUUAUUUAGAUUUGGAUCAGGUCAAAGCAGUGUUAAGUGAGUACAAAAUUCAUAAUGCUGAUGUCAACUUCAAGUGUGAUGCUACCGUCGACGAUUUGAUCGAUGUUAUUGAAGGACGUAUUUACAUACCCGCAAUAUAUGUCCUUAACAAGAUCGAUCAAAUAAGUAUAGAAGAAUUAGACUUAAUUUAUAAAAUUCCACAUGCGGUUCCUAUUUCUGCUCAUCACGAAUGGAAUUUUGAUGAACUAUUGGAAAAGAUGUGGGAAUAUCUUAAUCUUCUCAGAAUCUACACAAAACCGAAGGGUCAACUUCCUGAUUAUAGUGCACCAGUUGUUUUACGAUCAAACCUUCGUACUGUUGAAGAUUUUUGUAAUAGUAUUCAUAGAGGGAUUGUUAAACAAUUCAAAUAUGCUUUGGUAUGGGGUAGUUCCGCUAAACAUCAACCCCAGAAGGUUGGAUUGACUCACAUACUUGCUGACGAAGAUGUUGUUCA